AUGGCAGCCAGCAUUGGAAGACUUUUCAGGACGUCUGCAAGACUUGCAAGACCAUGUCGGCAUGGAAUUGGUGCGGCAGAACGAAUUGUACCCGUUCCUGCUCUUCAGAAGGCCUCUCUCUCCACUAGUGCUUGCAGAUUGAUCCCUGCUGUCACACAGCCUGCGCCCGCUUUUAAAGCCACAGCCGUCCAUAAUGGAGAAUUCAAAGAGAUGAGCCUUGCUGACUUCAAGGGCAAAUACUUGGUCCUCUUCUUUUACCCAUUAGAUUUCACCUUUGUGUGCCCGACGGAAAUCAUCUCAUUCAGCGACAAGGCUAGUGAGUUCCAUGACAUCAACUGUGAGGUAGUGGGGGUGUCUGUGGACUCUCACUUUACACAUUUGGCGUGGAUUAACACCCCUCGCAAGGCUGGCGGUUUGGGCAGCAUUCACAUCCCUCUGCUUGCGGACCUCAACAAGCAGAUUUCCAGAGAUUAUGGUGUGCUGUUGGAGAACCCAGGCAUUGCUCUGAGGGGUCUGUUCAUCAUUGAUCCAAGCGGUGUGGUGAAGCAUAUGAGUGUAAACGACCUGCCUGUGGGUCGUUGUGUUGAAGAGACCCUUCGCCUUGUAAAAGCGUUCCAGUUUGUGGAGACCCAUGGUGAGGUGUGUCCAGCUAGUUGGACCCCCAAGUCACCAACAAUCAAACCAACCCCUGAAGGAUCUAAAGAGUACUUUGAGAAAGUCAACUGA